CUUCCUUCUCUCCCCUGCGGGCGGAAGCGCUGGCGGUCCCUGGCCCCCUGCCUCGCCCCGCCCUGCUCCCUGCACUCAGUGGUGCGCCCGCGGUCUCGGGGAAGAUGGCGCUGGAGGCGCGGCGGAUGGAGCAGGAUGCGGAGGACGGGGAGAUCUCGGACUCGGACUCCGACAUGCCGGCCACUGUCUCGGCCAGGGGCCCCGCGCAGAAACCACAUGAUGGCAACAGUUCAACCAAACCUUUCCAGAGCACCAUUUCACCCUGUGCACCAAGUGUUCCUUAUCGAACAACCAAUGGUGUGGACUCAAGUGAUGAGAGCUUCUCUGAUUCAGAUGAUGACGCUUCUGUGUGGAAACGGAAACGACAAAAAUGUUUUAACCUCCCUCCUGUUAAACCAGAGCCUUUUCAGUUUGGCCAGAGUCACCAGAAGCAAACUGUCCUCGGGGGUAAGAAGAUCAACAAUAUUUGGGGUGCAGUGCUUCAGGAACAAAAUCAGGAUGCAGUGGCUACUGAACUUGGAAUUUUAGGAAUGGAGGGUAAUAUUGACAAGAGUAGGCAGUCUGAGACUUACAAUUACUUAUUGGCUAAAAAGCUGAUGAAAGAAACUGACCAAGAUGUGGAGAUAUUAAAUAAAGAGCUAGAUGAAUACAUGCAGGAUGACAAAAAACCAGUGUCAAAGGAGGAAGAAAAUGGACAAGGACUUCUCAAACGGAAACGGCCUGUCAAGGACAGACUGGGUGAAAGACUAGAAAUGAAUUAUAAAGGGAUGUACGAGAUUACUGAAGAAGAUUCUGAGGAAAAAGUGGCAGAUGAAAUUUCUUAUCGGCUUCGAGAACCAAAGAAAGAUUUGAUAGCCCGAAUAGUGAAAAUAAUUGGAAAUAAGAAAGCUAUUGAACUGCUUAUGGAAACAGCUGAAGUGGAACAAAAUGGCGGACUCUUCAUAAUGAAUGGUAGCAGAAGAAGAACGCCAGGAGGAGUUUAUUUAAAUCUGCUGAAGAAUACACCUAGCAUUACUGGAGAGCAAAUCAAGGAAAUCUUCUAUGUUGAAAACCAGAAGGAGUAUGAAAACAAAAAAGCUGCUAAGAAGAGGAGAAUACAGGUUCUAGGAAAGAAGAUGAAACAAGCUAUUAAAGGGCUCAACCUUCAAGAGUAUGAUGAUGCAUCUCGAGAAACUUUUGCUAGUGACACAAAUGAGGCCCUGGCUUCUUUGGAUGAUUUACAGGAAGGACAUGGUGAAACAAAGCUGGAUCCGGAGGAUGCCAUUGAAAUUGAUAAUGCUCAUGAUCUGGAGAUCUUUUAGUCAUUAAUGGACUGGAUACGUAGAAGAACUAAAUCUCUGACAUAUUAAAUCAGCCUUUUAUAUUAUACUUCUGUGUACUUGUUUUAAUAAAUUGCACAAGUAAAUAUGAUUGGAAACACUUGUAUUUUGGAGAGGACUUGAUAUAAUUUAGCUAAAUGUAAGUGCUUGGUAGAGAUGUUACCUGUCCUAUUUUAUCAGUCUGGUCAUUGUGUCCUUCAGAAGAUGUUAAAAUGUUUUAGAUAAUUCUCUGUCUUAUAAAAUCUGUUGCUGAUGAUUUUCGCUUAGUUGGCAAAUUUGGGAAUAAACUCAGGGCUAGUGUUUAAACAAAAAAACAUAUUUCAUCUGUCAAAGCUAAAAAGUCAUACUCAAGCAGGCGCUGCUCCUAAAUCUAAUGGGUGGGAAAAAGCAUUUUGCUAAUAUAAAAUACAUAUUCGUAUUAAAGGUCCUAUAUUUUUAAUAUGGCAAAAUACUGAGAAAUAUUACUUUUUUAUAGGACUAAAAGUCCUGUAAAACCUUCUCUGGUGGGUUUGCUCAAAGGCAACUAGGUUACUGCGGUCUUCAGUCUCUUGGGUAACAACCUAUUUUCUCAAACUAAUCAAUGGUGGAUAGUACAUUAGGCAUAACUUUAUAAAAGGCUCUGGUCCCUCCCAUUUCUUAUGAUGAUGAACUGAACUAGCUAUCUUUUUUGUAUACAAUUUUGCAAUAUUGGACAUAAGUCAUUCAAACAAUUGCUCUGAACUUUUAUUGAGCAUGACUGAUCUUUUUGCUGAAUAGGUCAGAUGCUAAUUUGAGAUUCCCUUAAAGGAUUUGUCUGCUCCAUAUUCUGUAUGCAUGCAGAAACAAAAGUGUUAGGUUGAGUUUUUUGCAUGAUUUCUACCUUUACAAUAUUCAGAGAAUGUGUACAGAGAUUUGAGCACAGGAGUGUGUCAGGAAUUUGAGUUCUAAUCCCAUCUGUCACCUUGCCUUCUGUUUCAUUUUUUUUCCCAUUUCUAAAUGGGGAUAAUACCUACCAAGCUCACAAAGGAGUUGUGAGGGCUACUUAGUUAAUGUUGGUAAAGCACUUUGAAGAUGGUACUUGAUAUAAGUGCUGAGCAUUCUCUUUGGGAUAUAGCAGAAGAACUUGUGUGUGCUAGAUUGUUCAUGCAGCACAAACAUCUGACAUCUUAAUGUUACUUAGAGUUGAGUGUUCUAUGAAUGGAACACAUUAGUUUUCAGUUUAAAAUGUUUCCAAAACAAAAAGCCUAAUCCUGUAACUUUUGCCCAUCCAAAACUUCCAUUAAUUUCAGGACAAUACAAGAGCAAUAGAAAAACAAUAUACAGUAGCAUCCAUGUGCAAUUCUGUUUAAUAUGGUGAAAUUCAACACAUUCCAAAAUAUCUGAAGCUUAGGAAAAAAAUCUAUAGGAAGAGUAUCCAUAAAGUUGAUCAUCCUCCAACAGUAGUGAUUUGUGACAGAGUAUUUUGUAUCUACUGAAAAGGUGUGGCUGUUCUCAAUUAUUUAAUUUUUAAAAGAAUGAGAAAUUUAGCAUCCUCAGGGCUUCUGUUCUCUGUUGCCACACUUUUCUGUUUAGAUUUAUAGAUUCCAUAUUAGCAAAAAGAGUUUAGUGGCUGUAUACCAUACCCAAAAUUAUAUGAACUUUUACCAACCAUAAUAGUGAAGUAGGAAAAAGAUGAAUUGAGUACUUUUAAAAUCACUUAGAAAAACAUUAGCCUGACCUAUAGCAAAUAGCAUAAAGACACUGCAUUUGUGAGAUCUACCUAGGAGAAGAGUGGUGAAAUUUCCCAUAUUUGGCUCAGUUUACAGCUGUAGAGUGCAAAAAAUAAAGAUUACAGCUUUAAAAUUGU